AGGUAAAGUGGUGGUUUGACUGGGCCAUAAAAAAGAGGGGAAAUGAGAAAAUAGAGGGCCGCGAGUCGCGAGGUUUUAGCAUAGCUUUGUUUCACCCGCAGGAUCUGAUGAUCUGAUCUCCUCGUCCGGAAUUUGUUUGAUCCGUGUCACCAUUGAUCAUUUCUUCUUCUUCUUCUUCUUCUCUCUCUCUCCCCUGCGAGGAAAGAGAGGUUUUUUAGCUAGGUAGCGAGUUCUUCUCGGAACGAAGGAAUAGCGAGCUUAGCGACUUACAGGCGCGGUGGUUUCCUCACUUUCGCUUUCUCGAGGAAGAGGAAGAGCGAGCGAGCGAGCGCGAGAGCGUUUUGGUCUCCUUCUUCUUCUUCGUGGUGGUGGUGUUCAUAACUUCGUGAAUCGUAUCGAUCGAUCGAGCGAAGCGAGCAAAUGGGGAGGCGGGUGAAGCGGUCCAAUGGAGCUGCCAGCAGCACCGCGCAAGAUCUGGGUAGCGAGAGCAGCAGCGGCAUCGUCAGUAGCAAGGAAGGGGGAGGCCAAGUUUUGAGCCUACCUUCGACUUCCUCUUCCUCUUCUUCGCAGAUUCAUGUCCUGGCCGUGGACGAUAGCCUUGUGGAUCGGACCGUCAUCGAGAGGCUGCUCAAGACGUCCUCUUCGUCGUUCAAAGUCACGGCCGUGGACAGCGCAUUGCGAGCGCUGGAAAUUCUGGGCAUUGUCGACGGACAGGCUUCUCCAGCAGCAGCUCCUUCCGAGGGCAUUCAAAUCAGCAUGAUCAUCACGGAUUACUGUAUGCCUCACAUGACAGGCUAUGAUCUUCUGAAGAGAGUAAAGGGUGUUUCUUCACUCAAGGAGAUCCCGGUUGUGAUCAUGUCGUCUGAAAACGUAGAACAAAGGAUAAACAGUUGUUACGAAGAAGGUGCCGAGGACUUCAUCAUAAAGCCCGUGAAGCUGGCCGAUGUCAAGCGCCUCGUUAGCGGUCACCUGGGGGGAAAGAGCAGCGAGGUUGAAACGUUAGCUGCGAAUACCAGGAAGAGAAAGCGCGUCUUGGAGGACAAUUCUCCUCCGAGACUCCAUCAGAGAGUAGCAGUCCAAUGAGCAGCGCGCGAGAUCUGGUAAAGUCUUCACAAGUUGGGACGACACAUUCUUCUCGUUCCUGCAAGGCUUUCAGUAUCGGUUGCGGCAGCCAGGAUUUUUGCCUCGGCUUUUUCCUCCUUUUUCCAAAGGAGCUGAUUUUAGCAGCAAAAGCUUACCGGCACGAAUUUGUAUAGAACAGGGAACACUCUUUUUGUAGUGCUUUUAUUACGAAGCAAUUCACUUCAAGAUGUUAUCUGGCA